AAGCCCUUGCUGCUCUCCAAAAGCAAUUCCCGUGCGUAGCACUCUGCUGCCACGGACCCUGGAGGUUUUGUGUGCAUGCUUACUUUGGGAUUUGUUUUCCUGGCUGGAGACCGUGGUGUUCAGUCCUGUCUUUCCCUUUCUGUCCUUGGACACAGAUCCCGCAGCUGGACAUGGAGAGCCAACGCUCCUCGCCUCUGCCAUUCACCAGCACUCCCCAAGAAGAAUCCCUGCACCAGGCCACAGCUGAACUCUCCCAAGACACCCUGCUCUCGCCCCACAUCGUUCCCCCUAAAGAAGUUCGUGCUUUGUCUCCCACGGGUGCCCAGCAGGGCCCCCUGACCCAGACCAGUGCGCCCAGGGAAGAGACUUCUGGCCAAAUGCCUCAUACGUCCCCGAAGGGCCCAUCACUCCUCUGUCCCGCUGCUUCUGAGCAAGAGACCCAGCUCCAGGGCCCCCAGGCCACACAGGAAGAGCCCCGCAUCCCUGCUGACCAGGACCCGCAGGAAGCCCCGCUGCACUCCCCAGAAGCUCCUGAGAAGGACCCUUCGAGCCUCUCCCCCACAGCCCCAGAGGCCGACAUGGACCCCCUGCUGCAGAGCCCCACUUCCCGGAAGGACGCUCCCCUCUCAAAGGAGCAGCUGCUCCCCACAGCGGAGAUCACCCGCUUGGCCGUGUGGGCUGCCGUCCAAGCAGUAGAGAGGAAACUGGAGGCCCAGGCCAUGAGGCUGCUGACGCUGGAGGGCCGGACAGGCACGAAUGAGAAAAAGAUCGCCGACUGCGAGAAGACGGCCGUGGAGUUUGCAAACCACCUGGAGAGCAAGUGGGUCGUGCUGGGCACGCUGCUGCAGGAGUACGGGCUGCUGCAGCGGCGGCUGGAGAAUAUGGAGAACCUGCUGAAAAACCGAAAUUUCUGGAUCUUGCGGCUGCCCCCGGGCAGCAAUGGAGAAGUUCCCAAGGUCCCGGUCACGUUUGAUGACGUCGCCGUCCAUUUCUCAGAGCAGGAGUGGGGAAACCUAUCAGAAUGGCAGAAGGAGCUCUACAAGAAUGUGAUGAGGGGCAACUACGAGUCUCUGGUUUCCAUGGACUAUGCAAUUUCCAAACCAGACCUCAUGUCCCAGAUGGAGCGCGGAGAGAGGCCAGCCAUGCAGGAGCAGGAGGACUCUGAGGAGGGCGAGACCCCCAGCGACCCCAGUGCUGCGCACGAUGGCAUCGUGAUUAAGAUCGAGGUGCAGACCAAUGACGAGGGCUCUGAGAGCCUGGAGACACCAGAGCCCCUGAUGGGGCAGGUGGAGGAGCACGGCUUGCAGGACUCGGAGCUGGGCGACCCCUGUGGCGAGCAGCCCGACCUGGACAUGCAGGAACAGGAGAACGCCCUGGAGGAGUCCACGGAGGGCUCAGGCGAGUUUAGCGAGCUCAAGCAGAUGCUGGUGCAGCAGAGAAACUGCGCGGAGGGCAUCGUGAUCAAGACCGAAGAGCAGGAGGAAGAGGACGAGGACGAGGACGAGGACGACGAGCUGCCCCAGCACCUGCAGUCCCUCGGGCCGCUGUCAGGGCGAUAUGAUGCCGGCAUGUACCCAGCAGCACUGCCUGGGGAGAUGUCCCCAGAGGGUGAGGAGAGCCCCCCGCCGCUGCAGCUGGGGAACCCUGCAGUGAAGAGGCUGGCGCCCCCGUCGCACUCGCACAUACACGGGCACGGGCAUGCGCACGGCCAUGGGCACUCGCACGGCGAGCGGCACCUGGGCGAGAACCGCGGGUCCUCCAGCCAGCAACAGCGAAACCGGCGCGGCGAACGGCCCUUCACGUGCAUGGAGUGCGGCAAGAGCUUCCGAUUGAAGAUCAACCUCGUCAUCCACCAGCGGAACCACAUCAAGGAGGGGCCGUACGAGUGCGCCGAGUGCGAAAUCAGCUUCCGGCACAAGCAGCAGCUCACGCUGCACCAGCGCAUCCACCGCGUGCGCGGCGGCAGCUACUCGCCCGAGCGCGGCCCCGCCUUCGCCCCCAAGCACGCGCUCAAGCCGCUUCCCAAGUCGCCCAGCUCGGGCAGCGGUGGCGGUGGCCCCAAGCCCUACAAGUGCCCGGAGUGCGACAGCAGCUUCAGCCACAAGUCCAGCCUGACAAAGCACCAGAUCACGCACACGGGCGAGCGGCCCUACACAUGCCCAGAGUGCAAGAAGAGCUUCCGCCUGCACAUCAGCCUGGUGAUCCACCAGCGCGUGCAUGCUGGCAAGCACGAGGUCUCCUUCAUCUGCAGCCUGUGCGGCAAGAGCUUCAGCCGCCCGUCGCACCUGCUGCGCCACCAGCGGACUCACACGGGCGAGCGGCCCUUCAAGUGCCCCGAGUGCGAGAAGAGCUUCAGCGAGAAGUCCAAGCUCACCAACCACUGCCGCGUGCACUCGCGCGAGCGGCCCCACGCCUGCCCCGAGUGCGGCAAGAGCUUCAUCCGCAAGCACCACCUGCUGGAGCACCGGCGCAUCCACACGGGCGAGCGGCCCUACCACUGCGCCGAGUGCGGCAAGCGCUUCACGCAGAAGCACCACCUGCUGGAGCACCAGCGCGCGCACACGGGCGAGCGGCCCUACCCCUGCACGCACUGCGCCAAGUGCUUCCGCUACAAGCAGUCGCUCAAGUACCACCUGCGGACCCACACGGGCGAGUGAGCCUGGCCAGGGGCGCGGCCAUGCCCUGGGACACCUGCCCGGGCCCCGCGCCCCAUGUGCGCUGCCUGCGCCCCUCUGCUGUGAGCCCCUUUCCCCUCCUGCCCCUCCGCCCUAGGACGCGGGUCAUGAGACCAGGUCACCUGCUGCCUGUUUCCCCGGGACCCCAGUGGGGAGCGCGGGCCUGGGGACCCCUUCAGGCUGUUCAUUUUCUUGACAAUAAAAUGGAUGAAACCAAUUGGCGCGGGGGGAGUGAUUUGGCCGCGGCCACUCGGAUGGGCGGUACAGGGCCGUUUAGUUGGAUAGACUUUAUAAUUAUCUUUUGGAUACUG